AUGGCCGGAGCGGCUAGUUACAUCACUGGCCAACGCGCGGGGCAGCCGACUGCUCUCCCACUCGCGUCGCGCGUCGACGACAUCACCACACCGCCACCCCUCAACACCAUGGUUAUUCGCACCAUCCACGAUCUGAACGCCCGACAACAGAUCUUGCGGCCGACUCUGCCUAAACCCUCUACGGACACGGAGCGCUUUUCUCUCGCAGAUGCUGGUCAUCUGAAGCUAAAGCUACAAGCUCUCGAUCGCGCCAUAUCGAGCAUACGGCCAGAUAGUCCUAGCGAAGAUGAUAUUACCAAUAUUGAUGAUGCCUGCAAAACAAACCCAUCUGGAGGAUCCGUCUACGUCGCUGGCUCGGAGAGGUUCUACCUCGUAGUAAAAGGCCUCAGCGGGCCGCGCGCCACUGCCGAUGCUUAUUCUGAAGCAUACAAGACUGUGCUACAAGGCAGGCCCUAUGCUAACAAGUACAAGCUAUCCGGGUGGGAGGGGCCAACACCCACAUUCUCAGAGAUACGUCCUCUACUACGAGAUAUUGACAUUGCCUGCGAAACCAACCUCGAGAGCGCCUUUGCCAUACUUGAGGAGAGAGUUAGGAAGCUCUUCUACGAGAGCAGAAGAAUGUUCAUUCAAGUGGGACCCGGCCUCAUGGACAAAGAACUCGUAAUCAAAUAUGACCACGGCCUCAAGGGUUUACACAUGGCAACUACAAUAAACCCGACUGCCCUGCAGCUUCUGAAAGAGCUGGAAUUCGAGUUCUGUAAACAUAUGUGCGGCGAGAGCUACCCCUCAAAAUCAUGGAUGAACCCCAUGGGCCGCAUAUACUACGCACUCAAGCUUGAGCGUAUCCGUAUCACCUUCAUCAAGAGUGAUAUCUACCGUUUAAGUGCGGCAGGGUCUACGAAUCCUAAAGGUCUGGAAUCACAGCGGAUUCAAUAUGAGAAAUUGGAGCGCUUUGGCAGAUGGUUUACAAACCAGAUUCCGGCGUCUGUGAACGUAUCGUGGUCACGCGAAGACGCGGCAAUUUUCUUUAACAGCACUGCUGUGGAGCAGCGUUUAUAUCAAGCCAUAAAAGAAAGGGCAUUGCCUGAAUAG